AUCAGUCACUUCCAGCAUGAAGAACGUUCUGCUUCUUCUGUUCACACUCACCCUGAUCACUAAGGGUCAUGGCAACUUCUCUGAAAGCAGAGUCUCAGACUCAGAGAUUCAGAAGGUUUCAGAGGUUUUGUAUCUUCUGGACUCGAACAGAGCCUCGGAGUCAGAGCUCGUCCUCCGCCCGCAAACCCUGAUACAGUCUGCUGAGACCAACGGGAAGAACGACCUCUCACCUCUCCCGUUGUUUGGGUAUGUGGAUGAGGUGUCUCUGUUCUCGAAGCCUACGUACGCGGCUCUGAUCUCUUUACUGGAUAACUACGAGAGGAAGACGGGCGUGUCAGAGGACUCCAGUUCUGUGGUGGUGCAGGAACAGGAGAACUUCCUGAAGGAAACCAUGAAGAACACAGAGUUGGGCAGAGAACUUUUCUCCUUCUUCCAUACUAAAGGUUAUUACAGCUCAUGGGAGGAGUUCCUUUAUGAUCUCAGGAUGAUGUGGUUCGGUCUUUACUCUCGCAGCAGCGGCAGCCUCGACUCCAGCGGCUUUGAGCACAUCUUCUCAGGAGAGAUAAAGAGUGGGAAAGUGUCUGGAUUCCAUAACUGGGUGAGAUUUUACCUGCUGGAGAAAUCAGGGUUUCUGAACUACUACAGUCACAGUCAUGAUGGUCCUUGGACGCUGUACCCGGACGUACUGGGGAUGCAGUUCAUGUGGGACGGUUAUUAUAAAGAGGUCGGUUCUUCUCUGAUCGGGUCGAGUCCUGAGUUCGACCUGGCCGUCUACACACUCUGUUACAUCACACGACCCGGAAAACAGUGCCAUCUGAGUGUGGGAGGGCAGCCACUGAGGAUCCAGACGUACACCUGGGACAAAACCACCUACGGAGACGGCAAGAAGUACAUCGCGUCUGCCUACCCCGUCACACCCUAAACCCCAGCCUGGGGUAACUGCUGAAUAAAUACCCCCUUAUCGACUCUAAUAAAACUAAAUGUGUAAUUACUGCAGGUACAA